AUGACCUUUGGGGCCAAGAGGCCGCGGCCCCAAUUGCAGAAGGGGCUUGAUCGCGAUGUCUACCUAGUUUUGAAGAAGCUCGAAGACUCAAACGACGGUAAGCCCUUCAAGACGACAACAGCCAUCUACGAAGCCAUCAAAGGCUCCAACUCUAGCCUCAGCCGGCAGAAAAAGCGCCCUCUCGAGGACUCAAUCGAUCGUGUAUUUCAAUAUCGCAAAGAGGAAUUAGGCCAAGAUUCGAGCGACUCAGAAGCUGCUCUCGAAGAGACACCCAAACCCGACGACGACCGGUUUCUUCUCAACAGGCAAAUGACGAAGCAUUGGCACACUCCAGCUGCCCAAGAUACCACAACUCAAACAAGCGAGGGGGCACGCUCUACAAAGAAGCGUCGUGUACAGGAAGACGGGGACGAGCGCGCAAAGGACGGCGCCGUCACACCCAAGGGCGCAUUGACGGAUACAGAUGCUGCGCCGGCAGAAAAACAGACGAAAACGCCGUUGAAAAAGACCCAGAAGUCGAGCCGUCACAAGGUCGAGCAUCCUUCCAACGCCGUGCAGAUUGGAGGGGUUUCCGAUAUCUACGUAGAGCUUUGCAAGCAGACACACCCCUUGCUGAAACGGCCAGAAUCAUGCGUCGUUGCCAACAAGAUGCGUAAGGUGCCAGGUAUCCUGCUUUCAGGACCCCCAGGAACCGGAAAGAGGUCUUUGAUUAGGUUCCUUGCAUCAAAGAUUGAUGUUCCGAUCGUAUCACUUACUGAAUGUUUGGAAGAUCCUGAACGCCUGGAAAGAAGCCUUAACGAUGCCGUUGAAGAAGCCAUGAGGCUGGCCCCUUGCAUCGUUCUAAUCGAGCAAUUGGAUUGGUAUAUGUCAAAACCAGGAAGCAGCAGCCACAGCGACAGCCAGCGCCGAAACGUGGUUCAGUUCAGACGGCAGAUGCGACGAAUCGAGGCGGAACAGGACAAGGAUAGACACAUUCUUGCCAUGGCUACGACAUCACAAAUCACCGACGUUGACCCUGAAGUACUGAGGACUGGCUUGUUUGAACGCACAAUUCAAAUGCGAAUACCAGAUGCCGAGGGUCGUGAAGACAUCCUUAGACUGCUUACGAAAGACAAGAAGCUGUCUGACGACGUCAAUUUUAAGGAAUUGGCAAAGAUAACACAUGGAUUUGUGGGUGCUGAUAUCCUCAAUGUUUUGACCCUCGCAGAGCAAGUGGCGCUGGAGCGCUACAUGGAUCUUAGCUUGUAUCAGCAACAUCUCAACGAAAGGUUUCCUACGGAUCAACCACUCCCGGACCUUAUGGAACUUGAGGAUACACAACCUUCCACUCCCUUCCUCGAACCACCACUCGAUGACCCUUUGACACGGGAAGAUUUCAAGAAAGCCAUCAAAGACUUUGUGCCCUCUUUGCGAAAGGACGGCUUUACGGUUGUGCCCAACAUCACUUGGGAUCAAGUCGGUGCCCUCCAAGCUGCACGUAGGCAACUCGAACUGUCCAUCAUCGGUCCUAUUCGAGACCCCAACCGUUACCGUCGCCAUGGUCUUCGUCGUCCGGCAGGCUGUCUUCUAUGGGGUCCUCCUGGAUGUGGAAAGACACUUGUUGCCCAAGCUGUCGCCAACGAAGCCCAAGCCAGUUUCAUUCUCAUCAACGGACCAGAGCUUCUCAACAAGUACGUGGGUGAAUCAGAACGCGCUGUACGUGAGCUUUUCAACCGCGCGCGCUCGUCUACCCCCUGUAUUCUCUUCUUUGAUGAAAUGGAUUCUCUUGUUCCCAAGCGUGACAACGCCUCCACAGAUGCUGGCACUCGUGUCGUCAACGCCCUUCUUACCGAGCUUGACGGUGUGCAAGACCGCACAGGCGUGUACGUCAUUGGCACAACCAACCGCCCAGAUAUGAUUGACCCUGCUAUGCUCCGUCCUGGUCGCCUCAAUGUGCGCCUCUUUCUCGAUCUUCCCUCCCCCAGCGAACGAGUCGAUAUUCUACGUGCCAUUUACCGCACGAAUCACCCAGAUGCAACCCCAGCUGAGUUCGAGAAGCUGGAGGCUGUAGCACGCGAUCCUCGCUGUACUGAUUUCAGCGGUGCUGACUUGGGAGGAUUGCACGAAAAGGCAGCCGAAAGUUCACUCGAGCGAGAGGCUGAGAAGCCCGAAUCGGCAGGCAUUGACGAGGUGGAUUGGGAAUACGCGCUUUCGAGGACAUAUAGAAGCGUAACAAAUCCAGAGACGUACCGUAAGCUAGAAGCGAAGAUGGGGAAGUCAUGA